CAAGGGCCACAAUAGAGAAGGGGAAGUCUCUUUCGCCUUCCCCGUCUUCCUUCUUUGAGACAUUGAGAGAAAGACUUCUUCAACAUUUCUCUAGAAGUUGCCAGGACCAGCCAGCAUGAAGUUUUUUGGAGGUCCCAUCACCAUCAUCCUCUUCCUCCUCCUCAUCCACACUGCAAGAGCGGCAGUCCCUACCCCGAAUUUCACCACCCAGGUGGGGGACUCGGUCACUCUGGAUACAAAGAUUCCCAAAGGAGCCGCUUACGUCAACAUCCAACUCCGAUCGGCCUCCCUGCGCAGGGGUCUGGCUGUCUGGAUACCGGGGAAGCCGAUCUCUGUCAUCUCUCCACAGUUCUCGGGAAGGAUCACCUUCGAGGAAGACCGGCACGAGUUCCAGAUCAGCCACUUGAGGGUGGAAGAUGGAGGCAUCUUUGAAAUUUCGAUGGAGAAUGCUGAAAGCGUUAUGACAGACUUGGGGAAAUAUGUAGUCUUUGUGUUCAACAUCAGCGUCAUCGCCACCAGUCGGUUCGACAACCAGUCCUGCAGUAUGGACUUGCUUUGUGAAGCCGGGACAGGGAGCAGAGCGGUGACCUAUACCUGGAAGCACACGUCCACGGGUGCCACCGUCUCCCGGAGCCCCUGGCUUCACCUUGUCAUGGACCCCAAAGACAAAGGGGACACUUAUACCUGCACCGCACAAUCCCUCGGCAUGCAGGGAACUUGGGACAUCAAGCCCUACCCACAAUGUGGACCCAAAUCUGGGGCUCAAGGACUCUUCGGACUUCGAUUCCCAUCCAUUUGCCUCCUCGCUCAAGCCCUUCUGCUCACCCUUGUCGUGGCCCAUUCAGGGUGAAAAGAGCAUUGGGCAACUCAAAGAAGAACCUGUCUUAAUAAGGAGAUGAAGACGAAACAAUGAACGUUGGGAUCCAUCAUCCAAGGCACACAAUUUCAACCACGUCUAAAGAUUUUGAAGACGUGGAACCUGAUUUGGGCUUCCUCCCUUUGGGUUGCCAAGUGAUCCAAGGGAGAGGGCUAGGCCGGGAACGUAGUCCCAUCGAUAUGUGGUCUGAUUAUAUUUUCCUUUCCUUUAAUUGGUAUCAUUCAUCUACUUUCUGUAUAUAUUUCAGAUUUCAAUAUUAAUGUCAAAAAUACACAGUAUGAUUUUACAUUGGAUUUGUGCUAUAUUGGGACAGUAAAGAGAAAUAUCACUUAAGUAAAAUAACAUUAAAUAUUAAAUAACCAUAAAAAUAAAAUAA